AUGAGCAACGUUUCAGAUCCAUCCUCUGCGACCGACAGUGACACUUCCGGGGUAUCUUUCCGGCCUGACUUCGAUGCGACCGAUGACUCCGAUUCCGAGGAAGCCUCAAAUUCAACCGAGCUGACAACUCCGGAACCCAUCUGUCUUCCUGAGAAUCGUAGCGGGCCUUCAACCCCUCCAAAACGACCAGUGCGACGCCUAGCGGACGCUGGGGUUCUGCCCGAUUUCAGCGAUGACCCUGAUGACGACACAGACGAGGACCUUGCAGAUAUACCGCUUGAUUAUGGGCACUCGGAACAAACCAAGGUUCGGGGUCGUCGAAUAGAAAAGCGCUGGCACAAGUACUGCCGAGUGAAGGCUGCUCAGCCUGGUGCGCUUUUGAAAUGGGAUGAUCCGGAGGAGGCAUUGCGCGAGGUUACCCCUAAUGACGUGCAUCGAUUUUUCAACUACUGCAUGAAGCUGAAAUACGGUGAAGGCGGUCGACAUCUGAAGGGAACGUCGAAAGCUAGCGCCCUGAAAGCUGACUGGAAAGGAUUUCGAGGUUACUACCGGAGAAUUACACGGGCCAGGAUAACUGCUGAAGAUAGCGAAGAGAUUAAUGCGGGUAUUCGGAAACUCAUCGAUAAAUUCGACCUCGAUCAACAACAACGGGGCAAGGAGCCGGUGUACGUCCAAGACAUGACUGAAUUGAACGAGACCAUUCUCCGAACACAGGAAAGACGGUUUCAUUUUGGAUACGAACGAAUCCAGCUCUGUCUCUUCAACAUGCUCGGUAUUUUUACCGUGAACCGGCUGCAUGCUCUUCUUUCGCUACAAUUCAAACAUCUGAAUUUCUCCAUACAACACAAUCCCGAUGGAGGCCCUCCCGUACUUUUGGCGGAGAUCAAGUCGGAGCAUACGAAGAAAUUCCUCGGAACUUCGCAAGUUAACAAUUUUCCUUUUCCUGAAAUCAUCAACGAUCCGUCGCUUGUCUUCAGUCCUCAUACAUUCAUCUUCGGUAUACUUUUUUGGCUUCAAGCCUUCGAAGUCCCCGCGCUUUCCUCCAUGGAGCGCCUUCGAAAGCUGUUCGUGGAAGGCGGUCGACAACAGAUGGAACUACCCUUGAAACGUGAAGUCGAAAACUAUUAUGUCUUCUGCAAGACAGACGUAGUCAAUGGACGUGCAGUUCUCCAGUGGAACCAGCCGAUGGCCGAGAGCGCCAUGUCUGGACGUCUGAGAAAUCUAGGGGAGAUCCACGGCUUCCUUCAGUCAAUGUUCGCCCAUCGUUUUCGCUAUGGAGGGGGAAAGAUGUUAAACGAAAGCAGCGCGGUCAGCGAAGCACAGCAAAAUCUGAUUAUGAAACACGCUGACACUCGCACGUUCUUGAAUCAUUAUCUUCCACGCCACAUCGACACCGAUAUGCAGAGCGUUAUGAACGGCCGCGAAUCCAACAGGUCUCUGAUGCGCGCGAUCACCCGGAUGAGUAGGUGGAUUGACAAAAGACGCCCUCGACAUCUUACUUCGGAGCAGCGAGCGUCCCUUCGCGAACAUCCAGAAUAUGUCGAGGCCACUCGGCGAAUGAGGGAGCAAGCCGAAGAGUGCAAAUGCGAUCCCAGUGCAGCGAUGCAAUCGCGAUUAGAGAAAUUGACACGCGAAACCUCAAAUACAUUCGGUCGGUUGGAAAGAGCACUGAGACGAAAGGUCCGCCAUGAGUUCGACCGCAAACAGGCCAUAAUAGACAUUGAACGACAGCUCUCGGGGGCUGCUGUUGAUGACGAAGAGGCGAAGAAGGUACUUCAAGUAGAAGACCAGAUGCUACCAGAGCAGAUUGAUCUUCUUGAGAAAUUAUUCACAUGGCCUACCUCUCAAUCCCUGGAGGCGGAGUGGCAAAGAAGGAACGCUGCUGUGGCUACGAUCUCCCGAUACUGUUGUUUCCUUGAAGGUGGACCCUUGCGUGGGCGACGUAAACGGGCUGCACCAAGUGAUGGGUUCGAUGAAGAACAGACCAACGUGUUUCCAGAGCCGGCCAAGAAGAGUUGCAGCUCUCCGGAGCCCUCGCAGCAGGAUAUUCUUCUUGUGAAAGCCGAAAAUUACAUCAGAAAGGCAAAGAAGCCUCGACGAUGUUUUCAAUGUUAUGGCGACACCCAUCUUCCUAUUCAUCGCCGGACGCAGAAGUAUAGCGAAUAUAAGCCGACUCUACGCCACUUUCGAGAGAAGCACUUGCAGGAUCGAAGGUGUUAUAUGUGUGACGAGGAUCUGCUACAUGAGAUGCAUCUUCGCAGGCAUGCAGAAGAAAUUCAUCGCCUCAGCACCGAACGGAAUUACUAUGUCAAAGAAGAUACGGGAUCAGACAUUGACACUGAUUAA